UGUUCGGUAGUCGUUAGAUUAUUGUGUCCGGUCCCCCCUCCUUGCUCCAGGAAACUUCAAUCUCCCCAAAUCCAAUCACAAACAGUCAAACACCCCUUUCCUACGUUUCCCUUGGAAUUUCCAAGCUUCCCUCUUUUGUUUAGUCCCCAAGUUCUUAGUCAGCUCUUUUAGUCUUCGCCGGCCCCUCUCUCUCUCUCUCUCUCUCUCUCUCUCUCGCUCUCUCUCUCUUUCCUUGUGAUGAGAAUGUAUCUUUAUUUAAUUUGUUGGCUAAUUGAUGAUCACAAGAGUUAAUAUUCUUGGGUCUCUGGUGCAACCCCUGUUGAGCUCUGCUUCUCUUUCGAAUUAUUCAGGUUCAAUUUGUGAGAAAUGGCUGGUUAUGAUAAAGAUGAGGUACCCAUGCUAUCAGACACUCACCCGCAAGACUCAGACGAUAAUGUGCAGCUAAAACUCGACAAAUUUAUGUCCCGAACCCGAAGUGCAUCAGUUUCCAUCCCUAUGAGCUCUAUGGACUCGUCAUAUGAAGGGAAACCAAGACUUGUAGGUCAUACUGGUCCAUUAAGGAGUCAAAGCAAAACUCUUUUCGUACCUAUGAGCGGUCCAUUAUAUGCUAACCGCAGGCCUGAUAGCAUUUUCCGGCCAGUUCAAGCUCCAACAGCAGGGCAAGAAGCGGUGGAACCUGCAGGAGAAAAGUUUCCUUCUACCAAUGCAACAACUGAGACUGAAUGGGCGGGUGAAAACUAUGUGGGUAAAAAUGAACACUUGCUGAGAUCUGGCCAACUGGGGCUGUGCAAUGAUCCUUACUGCACAACUUGCCCAACAUUCAAUCUCAAGGCUGCUCAAGCGAAACAUCGAAGGGCCUCAGAUAUAUUUGAUCCCAAGUUCCAUAAUGCUCUGUAUGGGGAUGCCAAAGGCUGGGCAAGGAGAUUUUUCUCUUUUCUGCGUCCAUAUAUUCCUGGAGUUAUGAACCCUCAUGCUAAAUUUGUGCAACAGUGGAACAAGUUUUUCGUCAUUUCUUGCUUAAUAUCAAUUUUUGUAGAUCCGUUGUUUUUCUUCCUGCUGUCCGUUGAAAAGGAGAAUAGCUGUAUAGUUAUUGAUUGGCCCUUGACGACAACACUUGUGGUAUUUAGAAGCAUCACUGAUUUCAUAUUCCUACUGCACAUACUCCUUCAGUUUAGAUUGGCUUAUGUGGCUCCUGAGUCUAGGGUGGUUGGUGCUGGCGAGUUAGUUGACCAUCCGAAGAAAAUCGCUUUGAAUUACCUUCAAGGAUAUUUUCUACUAGACCUUUUUAUUGUAUUACCGCUGCCUCAGAUCAUAAUACUGUUAGUUCUACGAAACACCUUGGGAUUAACAGGAGCAAACCAUGCAAAAAAUCUUUUACGUGCUGCAGUUCUUCUUCAGUAUAUUCCCAGGUUGUUUAGGUUUCUACCGUUUCUUGCUGGUCAGACUCCAAGUGGCUUCAUAUUUGAGUCAGCAUGGGCAAAUUUUAUAAUAAAUCUUCUCACUUUUGUGUUGUCUGGCCACGUUGUUGGAUCGUGCUGGUACCUCUUUGGGCUACAGAGGGUUAAUCAAUGUUUUCGAGAGGCCUGCCAUAACUCUGCAAUUGCUGAGUGUAUGGACUUCCUAGAUUGUGGGCAUGGAAGUCAAACUGAAGAUUCUAAAGCAGAUGAUCCAUCACGUGAUAGCUGGAGAAACAAUGUGAAUGUUACUGCUUGUUUAACUGCAGAUGGCUUUGAUUACGGAAUUUACGUCCAAGCUGUCAAUCUUACAACAGAAAAUAGUAUAGUCACUAGAUAUGUGUAUGGAUUAUUUUGGGGAUUCCAGCAAAUCAGCACCCUGGCUGGAAAUCAAGUUCCAAGCUAUUUUGUUUGGGAAGUCCUUUUUACAAUGGCCAUCAUUGGCCUAGGUCUCUUGCUUUUCGCUCUUCUUAUUGGAAAUAUGCAGAACUUUCUGCAGGCUCUUGGCCGGAGACAGUUAGAAAUGUCCCUGAGACGUCGUGAUGUUGAGCAGUGGAUGAGCCAUAGGCGCUUACCAGAGGAACUUAGAAGGCGAGUACGAGAAGCUGAGCGGUACAAUUGGGCAGCAACCAGAGGAGUAAAUGAAGAAAUGCUUUUGGAAGUCCUGCCUGAAGACCUUCAGACGGAUAUAAGACGCCAUCUCUUCACGUUCAUUAAGAAAGUACGAAUUUUUGCCCUGAUGGAUGAACCCAUCUUAGAUUCCAUUUGUGGAAGAUUAAGGCAAAAGACAUACAUCAACAGAAGUAUAGUUUUGUCCCGUGGUGGUCUCAUCGAGAAGAUGGUUUUUAUAGUGAGGGGAAAAAUGGAGAGCAUUGGAGAAGAUGGGAAUAGAAUUUCUUUAUCUGAAGGAGACGUUUGUGGUGAGGAACUUCUCGCAUGGUGUCUUGAGCAUUCUUCAGUAAACAAAGAUGGUAAAAAGAUCAGGAUUCCCGGACAGCGGUUGCUUAGCAACAGGAUGGUAAGAUGCUCAACAAACGUUGAAGCAUUUUCACUCCGAGCAGCUGACAUUGAAGAAGUCACCAGUGUUUUCUCCAGAUUCUUGCGCAAACCACGUGUUCAAGGAGCCAUAAGGUAUGAGUCACCUUACUGGAGAGGCCUUGCAGCAAGAUGCAUUCAAGUAGCAUGGAGAUACAGGAAAAAACGCCUACAGCGAGCCGACUUGUCUCAGUCUCAAUCUCAUUCUCAACCCCAAUCUCAAUCCCAAUCCAAUAAUGCAUUGUUAUAAGCUAAUUAGCAUAUGUAUUAGUUAUUGUACCUAAAAAAGAAGGUGGGCUUGGUCUUUGUGAUUUAGCUUCUUUGAAUUUGACGGCUUCGCUUAGUUUUGGAUGGGAUGCUUUACAAUCCUAUUCUCUGUGGGGUUCUUUUGCUCGUCAGCGUUUUCCUCUUUCGCCUUACAGAAAUCAAAACAUCUAUUUACGAUCUUCUGUGUGGCAUGAUUUGAAGCGUGCUUUGCCUAUUUUGAAUAAUAAUAAUCGUUGGAUUAUUAGUAA